AUGGCCCAGGGACGCCAAUUCCCCACUUCAUUCGUCGAGUGCUGGAAAGACGCCCUUCUUUCGCGUCAGGCUGAGCAGUUCCAAGACUUUCCCAGCCACCAUGUCCACGAUUCCGAGUCGCUCAUCACCACCAGCUCGCCGCAGACCCUUCUCGUCGGCACGGGAUAUUCCAUCUUCACGAGCGGCAUAAUACCUGCGAUUCUGAACGCCAAGACGUCGGUUCACUUUGUCACCUGCUACUGGGCUGCCUCUCCGUCGCUAGACGCAAUUCGCCAUGCCCUGACGCAGUUGGCGGUUUCGCGGAGGAGCGACGGCGCGGCGCGCCAAACCCAACUCACCGUCACGAUUGGCUUCUCCUCUUGGGGUCUGCUGCAGAAGCUGUUCCAUACGGGGUCCAGAGACGGACACACGUACCCGCCGUCGCAGUGGGCCAAGCUUGGUCUGCCGGACCAAAAGACGCUCUCUGCCGGCGGGGUGCAGCUCAGGGUCAAGAGCCUCUUCUUCACGCCUUUCGGCGUCAUGCACCCCAAAUAUGUGGUUAUUGACGAGAAGCGCGCAUUCGUACCGAGCUGCAACGUCAGCUGGGAGACAUGGUUCGAAGGAUGCAUCGAGCUCGAGGGAGACGUUGUGCAGACCCUAAUGGCUUUUCACUCGAGGGUGUGGGGUGCCGGGUCGGCAAGAACGAGUUUGGAGCCCGACACCGCCGCGCAUGUAGCAUCUGCCGGACGGGACGACUCAUUAGCCGUGGAUUCGGCGGCAAAUAGCCAAACCGAGUUUCUCUCCGAAAACGGGGCCUCGGCAACGCAAUCGCUCAGGUUGACGGGCAAUGACGUGGUGCCAACCAUACUGCUGCCAUCGUCGCAUCAUCGCAAUCCCAGAUUCAGCUUCUUCCCAUUCCUGUCGCAAGCAAACCCGCCGACGACGCCUCUCAAUGCUGCGCUCCUCACUCUCUUCGCCCAUGCUCGUCGACGCAUCGUGAUUCUGACUCCAAAUAUCACAUCAUGGCCGGUGCUAAACGCUCUCUUGGAAGCUCUUGGCCGCGGGGUUGACGUGCAGAUCCGCACAAACAAGGGAAUGAUGCUUCUAGAGCAGCUCGUGACCGCCGGCACCACGACAUCCCUGUGUCUGAACAAGUUUGUCCGCAAGUACCAGCAGCUGCGCGGUGCCAAGAGUCAGCCGUCAGACGUUGAAGCGCAGCGAGAGCCGCCUGGACAGCUGGAGAUUUUGUACUACAGGCCUUGCCCAAGGAGAAGGGGGAGAGAAGACGAGCCGGUUGUGAGCCAUUUCAAGAUGACCAUGGUCGAUGACGAGUAUCUCGUCCUGGGGUCAGGGAACAUGGACAGAGCGAGUUGGUGGACAAGCCAGGAGCUUGGGUUCCUGUUUUACGUCGCCGGGAUGGACUGGCACAAGUUGUGGGAUGGAGUUCUUGACGAGAGGAUGGAGCUUCUUUACAGGUCAUGA